AUGUAUGACUCUCACAAACCGCAUCCGCUGCUAGCUCAGAUCCCGCUUACAGUUUCCCCAUUCAUCUCCUUGCCAACAGCCACGACGCUCCCGUACACCUACAAGUCCGUCUCGACUACACUCCCGCCCUCUGUUUUGGCCGAUGGCAGCGGGGCCGAGAAAGCUCGUUAUGUUGUUUCUUCCGGCGGCCACGCUGCUCACCCAGACGAGAUCAUUGCCUCGUGCCAAGCGCUUGAAGACCACAUGAAGCGGUUGAAAGCUGAAGGUGAGGCUGCGCUGCGGAAGUGGGAGGCGUCUUGCAAGGCGAGAGAACUGGCCGAGAAGCGACGGGUUGCUCCAGGCUGGCUGGACCGGGAGGAGAAGCUCCUUCAGCCGACUCAUUCGUUCAUAGGCCCUAGAUCGCCGGAUGGAGUAAAUAUUCUGGAAAACCAACUGGCGGAGGAAAGUAAAAGAGUUACCGCGUCCCCCAUGGUACCUAAGAAUGAGGGAGAAGAGCUCGAUCGUGCGUUUGGCGAACUUGGAUUGAAAUGA